AUGGUCGAGUGGACAGAAGAAGAACGUAAAGCCAUCCAGACCAUCUGGGGCAAAAUGAACUACGACGUGGUCGGCCCCGAAGCCUUAGGCAGGGUCAUGUUCGUGUAUCCUUGGACUCAGCGGUACUUUGGAGGGUUCGGGACCUUCAGCAGUGUCGAGUCCAUCAUGGGUAAUGACAAGGUGCGAGCCCAUGGAAAGGUGGUGCUGCACGGACUGGACCGCGCCGUGCAGAACAUGGACAACAUCAAGGAAACGUACGCCGAGCUGAGCGUGCUGCACUCCGAGAAGCUGCACGUGGAUCCCGACAACUUCAGGCUCCUGGGCGACUGUCUCACAAUUGUCGUCGCAGGCCAGUUAGGUAGCGCCUUCACUCCUGAGGUCCAAGCUACUUGGCAGAAGUUCCUGCGCGUUGUCAUUUCCGCCCUCCAGAGGCAGUACCACUAA